AUGAAGAGCCGGAUGCCUCGUCCGGACCCGCAGAAGACAUCUAGGAAAGCUGCCGUCUAUGCAUCGCCCCGCACACGCGCGCCUUGGUUCGUGGAGAUCAUCUGCACCACGCGCCCUAGCAACUGCAGCAUCAGCACGAGCAGCGUGGUGACUCGCUACGACAAAGCCACGCACGGAUCCGCUCAACCUCUCUAUGCGCAUCCACCAGCCAUCUGUUCAUUUACUGCUUGUUUGUGUCUGUCGUCUCCGUCUCCGACAUCUCUGCUCCGCUGUCGCCCUCUCCCGGUUCCUCCCCCUGAUCCCCCCCUAUCUCGUCUCCAGGUUAGCGGCAGGUCUCAUCUCUCGCCUCGCUGCUGGGCACGUAUCCUCCAUCACAAGGCCUCUUCACAGAGAGCAGCUCAUUCAGCUCCUCCCACUUCCUCUGGCUCCUCCCAGCUGUGGCCCCUACUGGGCACGCUCCUUGGCUUUUACCUUACUGGUCCCCGGCCUCAGGACGGAAGCCACGCCCACCACACUCCCUGCAUGAGGGACAAGGCCACUCAGACCCCCAGGGCCUGGGCGGAUGAGAGGAGGCGGGGGAGCCACAAGAGAUCGGCCUCCUGCGGGAGCACCGACCAGCUCAAAGAGAUUGCUAAAUUGCGACAGCAACUCCAGCGCAGUAAGCGCAGCAGUCGUCACCGCAGGGACAAGGACCGCAGGUCCCCCUUCAACGGGAGUCAUGCUGCCAUCAUCCAGUCACAGGCCCAGAUGCCCAAUAAGACCAUCCUGAUCCCCAAGUCGACGACGCCUCGCUUCAAGAACAGUGUGGAGGGUCUCAACCAGGAGAUUGAGCGCAUCAUCAUCCGUGACACACCACAACUACGAGAUGAGCCCCAAGAUGUCCCAGACGGGCACCGUGCCCCCCCACCCCUCCCCCCCCAGCGCAGCAGCUCCACCCGAAGCAUUGACACACAGACCCCCUCAGGAGGGGGCCUCGGUGGCGGUAAGCAUAGCAACAGCAGCAGCCGGCCCGACUCCAUCUCUCCCUCCUACCUCACCAUCCUCAACGAUAUGGGAGGAGGCAGCCCCUACCCCGCAGAGGAGAAAGAACUGGGUCCCUGCUCACCUCUCCCGAAGUAUGCAGCGUCUCCGAAGCCCAACAACAGCUACAUGUUCAAGAGGGAGCCGCCGGAGGGCUGUGAAAAGGUCAAGGUCUUUGAGGAGUCACUUCCCAGACCCCUCCAGGAGAUUCCUCCCUUCCUGUGUCCGGACCGUAACAAGGUGAACUUCAUCCCUAAGAGUGGCUCAGCCUUCUGCCUGGUCAGCAUCCUGAAGCCCCUGUUGCCCGCCCCGGAGCUCAGCUUCAGAUCAGGGGUUGGCCUCCGCAGCCUGUCCCCCAGCUUGGUGCCUCUGGGUGGGGUUGGCCUGCGCAGUCUGUCCCCCUCCAUGAUGCCUCUAGGUGGGGUGGGCCUCCGUAGCCUGUCCCCUUCCCUAGGGGUAUCCUGGGGCCCGGUCCAGCAGCAACCCUGCCUGCCCAGACACCUGGAGGAACCAGAGAGCUAGAGCACCACACUUCUGCCCCGGAGGACAGACUGCUGAAUAACAUCACAGUCAGAUAAACAUGAUGAACAUAAUACCCUGCUGAUCGAGACGCCUUCGACAUGCUAACUCCCCUGGUCAUAACUGUCCCCUGGUUCUACCUGCUCAUUCUAACUCCACCCACUGGUCCUACCUGCUCAUUCUAACUCCACCCACGGGUUCUACCUGCUCAUUCUAACUCCACCCACUGGUCCUACCUGCUCAUUCUAACUCCACCCACGGGUUCUACCUGCUCAUUCUAACUCCACCCACUGGUCCUACCUGCUCAUUCUAACUCCACCCACGGGUUCUACCUGCUCAUUCUAACUCCACCCACUGGUCCUACCUGCUCAUUCUAACUCCACCCACGGGUUCUACCUGCUCAUUCUAACUCCACCCACUGGUCCUACCUGGUCCCAACGUUCCACUGAUCCUAUGUACCGAGAGGAUACAGGAGACACUUUUUAUUUUCAUCGCAUUAAACCAUGAAACCUC